ACCCACGCGACCGACGACGAGCAGGGGAACGGAGAAUCACUGCGCGCUCUCCUCCCGCUCAUAUUCCACCGGUCUCGCAGCGUGGCCUAACAAAGUCAAGCACGUGUUGCAUACCAGUCGUACGUGCCGUAGCUUGCUACUCCCGUACUAGUACUAUCCUGCAUUCCUCCUCCCCCUCGUCCACAGCUAGCUCUUGUCUCCGCAGCCAGGCAGGGACUCCUCCGCGCUCCACAAGUGCUCACCGUACCAGUAAGAAGGAGAGGAGCGGCCGGGGAGGAGAGGAGAUCCAUGGCGAGCAGCGUGGGGGGAGAUGCCGGGGAAGGGGAGUGGCUCAAGGUCACCGAGCUGAGGGCCAUGGCGGAAGCUCAGGACCCGCAUGUCAAGGAGGUGGACAACCUGACGCUCCGGAGGUUCCUGCGGGCUCGCGGCCAUGUCGUCGGCAAGGCCUCGGCGAUGCUCCUCAAGUUCAUGGCGUGGAGGCGGGAGGCCGUGCCGGGCGGCGUCAUGCCGCCGGAGCUUGUGCGGACGGAGCUGUCGCGCGAGAUGGCCUCCCUGGGCGGCGUCGACCGCUCCGGCCGCCCCGUCCUGCUCGCCUUCCCGGCCAAGCACUUCUCCGCCAACCGGGACAUGGCCGGCUUCAAACGUUAUAUUGUCUACUUGCUCGACAGCAUCUGCGCCAAGAUCCCCAGAGGCCGGCAGGAGAAGUUUCUGUGCAUCGUGGACCUCAAGGGGUGGGGGUACGCCAACUGCGACGUGCGCGCCUACAUCGCGGCCAUCGAGAUCAUGCAGAGCUACUACCCGGAGCGGCUGGGCAAGGCGCUCAUGAUCCACGUGCCUUACCUGUUCAUGAAGGCGUGGAAGAUGGUGCAGCCCUUCAUCGACGCCAACACCAAGGACAAGUUCGUGUUUGUGGACGACAAGAGCUUGGAGGAGACGCUGCGGCGGGAGAUGGACGACGGCCAGCUCCCGGAGAUGUACGGCGGGAAGUUGGCCAUUGUUCCCCUCGAGUAGAUCGAGUGAGGAGGAGCACGGAAGAGGAAUCGAUGUACCUGAAACAAAUUAACCACGUGCCAUGUGGAUGUAACCAGGGGAUGGCUCUACUCCACGCGAUGUCCAUGUAAUGUAACCAGGGGAGUGAGACGAGCGCAGCUUGCUCUCACUCUCUUGCAGCGUUGUGAGUUGUGACUGCUUCGUACGUGUGGCCAGCCCAGCCGGUGCUAACGUCGAUGGAUCAGUAAUACGGAAGGACUCUAGGGUACUUAGUGGUAGGUGUAUCGGAGUAUGUCUCUUACGUGAACAUAUCAGCUUUUGUUGUAUCACAUAUCUGUGGGUCUCUGUUUCUCUCGUAUAGUUGUGGUGAGAAAGUAUUAUCCAUAUAAAGGAAGUAAAAUAAAUUAAGUCA